UUGAGUUGUUAACAUACGCAGUGUACUACCACAAGUACAAUUGAUUCAUUGUGCCAAAAUGGAAAAUAUUACGAUCCAUAUUUCUAUACCUAUGGGUUUAACAAGCCUUGAGGAUCAAAUAAGAAACUCGGAAGUAGGGAAGCAUGUGGCAUUUGUUACCAUCAAAACGUUUUCAAAUCCAGCAACACACGAAGCGUAUAGCCCUGAUUUGGAGGACCCUGCCAUAGCAAGGCAGGUGCAGUACCUCUUUGCUGAUACCCCUCUCAUUGCUCGUUAUUGGCGAUCUCUCCCGGCGCUGAAAUGGGUACACACACAGAGAAAUGGAGUCGAUCUCGUUAUAGACAGCCUGAAGAAGAAUGAGGCCCCUCCGUUUAUUCUGACAAAGACGCCGGGCGAUCUGAAUUCUAGUUUUAUCACCGAAUAUGUUCUUGGAUACAUCAUUGCAAUGAACAGGAAGAUAUUUGAGGCUCGGGAGAGUCAAUCCAGAAAGGACUGGCAACAAAGACCUCUUCUGUGUAACCAAAACAUUGCAGAAUGCACCGUUGGAAUUCUUGGCAUUGGAGAAAUUGGAAAACACAUCGCUAAAGCCUGUAAGGUUCUGGGACUGCAUGUCUGGGGAAUGACGAGAACAGAACACGUUGUGAACAACAAAUGUGAAUCCAUCGAUGUCUACAGAACAAGAGACCACUUGCAAGAGGUACUGGAGAACAGUGACUACAUUGUCUGUGUUUUGCCCUCCACACCGUCUACAAGGAAUCUCCUAUCUGGAGGAGUGCUGGAGGCAUGCAAACGAAAGAAUACAGUGCUAAUCAAUGUCGGCAGAGGAGACAUUAUUGACGAAGACAGUAUUGUGCAAGCUAUCAGCAAUGGAUGGCUAGGAGGGGCAGUCCUCGACGUGUUUCCAAUAGAACCACUUCCGGUCAGCAGUCCCUUGUGGGACCUGCCAGGGGUCGUUAUAACACCGCAUACAUCGGGAUGGUCUGCAUCUCCAGAGUUUUUGGCAGGGAUUAUAAAGGUCUACACCGACAACAUACAGAGGUACAUUACCGGACAACCACUAGAAAAUGUACUGGAUUGGCAACAAGGAUACUAACAUUUGAUAAUUAACAAUUACAAACAACAGUGAAGGUCGAAGGGAUGUGAUACACCCACAACUCUAUGUGAUAACACUUUCACAGUCUGAUAUAAGACGAGCAUUGUGCCGAUGAACGGUUAAUGUUUUAGUUUCAAAUAUUAUCACAUACACAUCGAAGGCUUAGUGCAAGAUUGUUGUAAGGCCUUCUAUUUCUAUAUUGAGUUACAUCUCUCUCGCGCUCAACUCGCGGUAUUUACUUGUUUUUCCCCUACUCUUGUUGUGUUCAAGGAUUUAAUCUAUUAGACUAUAUGAGUUCAUAAUUGCUAACCUUUUAUAUGGCUAAAUGUAUGUCUGGGUGUGAUUAAAACAGCCUUGUCAUGA